GCGACUGUCCAAUCAAAAUCAAAGUGUCGUGCCGCUAUCCGCAGCUCAGACGCUGAAAGCAGAGACGGAGGAGGCACAAUGUCAGCGACAACAGUGCAAGCAACGGGACGGAGUAUGUGGAGAGUUUUUUCUCUGGAGAAAACAACAAACUUUAAAUUCUGUUUUAUCCCUCAAUAACAUUUAAACUUUGUAGCCAGUAACAUUGCAGCGUGUGAAGUUCCGUUACAUUGAGGUGCCACUCACACAACAGUGUGUGAUGGAAGUGUGCUUUGGCCAAGUGCCGCUCACCGUUACGCACAGACCUGGUGGUGUGAACCAGCUCGGCGGAGUUUUCAUUAACGGGCGCCCUUUACCGCACGUGUUGAGACAGCGCAUUGUGGAGCUGGCGCAAGUCGGCGUACGUCCCUGUGAGAUCUCCCGCAGUCUGCGCGUCAGUCACGGCUGUGUCAGCAAAAUACUGACCAGGUACAAUGAGACAGGGAGCAUCAGACCAGGAGUGAUCGGAGGCUCGAAGCCCAAAGUGGCCACUCCCAGAGUUGUGCAAACAAUCCUGCAGUGGAAACACACCAACCCUGCCAUGUUCGCCUGGGAGAUCAGAGACAGGCUGGUGCUCGAGCAGGUGUGUGACCAGGAGAGUUUGCCCAGUAUCAGCUCCAUCAACAGAAUCAUAAGAAGAAAUUUCCAGUCUGAGUCCUGUGGAGUUGUGUCAUCAGCCUCAUCAGUUGCCAUGGGAACACCCCAAUCCUCUGAGUCCACCUAUUCCAUCAGUGGUAUUCUUGGGAUCAGAAAAUGUAGCAGCAAUAAAGACGACAGGGACCUCUCCUGCUUCGUACAUUAUGAUGAGCCGUGUUCCUGCAAUGACACCAGAGCACAUCCUGAACCCUGCCGGACCUUAUACCCUGUUCUGCCAUGUGAUCCAAAUCCUAAAUUGAUAGGGUCUCCAUGUUUUUGAAGCUGGAGGAAGAUGAAGAAUAUCAUUCAUUCAUUCAUUCAUUUUCUACUGCUUUA